GAACUUUGGAGAACAAAUAGCAGAGAGAAAGAUCUGAGAGUAUUCAAGCUCCCCGACUUCAGCUCCUCUGCCCUCUCUGCACCUCUGAAAUGGGUUCUGAAGAGGCAUCAAAAUUUUCUCAAGACUGCAUAGAAAGCAAUGAGAUUGAACGCAACAAAGUGGGUCUCAUGAGAACCUUUGUUGAAAAAGAAGAUCCCUCUGCUAAGGAAGAGGAUGAUCUGCAAAUCAGAAGGUUUCUGCGUGCUCGAGAUCUAGAUAUCGAGAAGGCUUCUGCUUUAUUCCUGAAGUAUCUAAAAUGGAGACAUUCAUUUGUCCCCAAGGGUUCCAUUCCUGAAUCAGAAAUCCAAAACCAUCUUGAUCAGAACAAGUUGUUUAUGCAAGGAUUGGAUAAGAAGGGGAGGCCCAUAGUACUUGUUCUUGCUAACAGACAUUUUCCAACUAAAGGGGGUGUAGAUUGUUUCAAGCGUUGUGUAGUUUACGCUCUCGACAGAAUAUGUGCCAGGAUGCCACAAGAACAAGAAAAGUUUGUUGGUAUUGCAGACCUUGAAGGAUGGGGUUACUCAAACUCUGACAUCCGUGGAUACCUAGGAGCUUUAUCAAUCUUGCAGGAUUGUUACCCAGAAAGGCUAGGGAAGUUGCUUCUAGUCCAUGUUCCUUACCUAUUUAUGAAAGCAUGGAAGAUUGUUUACCCAUUUAUUGACAAGAACACCAGGGAGAAGAUAGUAUUUGUGGAAAACAAGAAGCUUUUUUCAAGUCUACUUGAUGACAUCAAUGAGAACCAGAUACCAGAGAUCUAUGGAGGUAAACUGCCACUGGUUCCUAUCCAAGACAGUUAAUUAAACAGCCUAUAUUAUUGCAAAAUUUCUUUUCCAUUUUUCACCUUUUUUUGAAAUCAUGUUGAUAUGUAAGACUGAUGGGAAUGGCGCCAUAAUGUCCUUGUACCUCUCACAAGGCCUGUACUUCGUUACCAAUGUGGGGAGGCAGGUUUAGCAGUUUGUAUGUAUGGAGGAAACAGGUAGUAGAGACAUAUAUGCAUAAUUGUUAUUCCACAACAAUCUUGUAAUUUAUAUAGUACCUCUUAACGUACUCAUGUACUAUUUAAUCCACUUGCACU